GUUUCGUGGUUGGUACUCCUAGAAAGCCGACGAACCUAUAAUUUUAUUGUAAUCGAAUUAGCAAAAUCGAAUGACAAGAGUAAGAACAUUGAUAGUGAAUUUAAGGAUAGGUUUAGAGAAGAAACCAAGUUCUUAUUAUUUGACAUAGUAAAAUAUAUUUUGAGAUAAAGAUAAAUCCAAAGAUUAAACCCUAAUGCGAGUAAGAGUAAAAGAAGAUUUGCGAUUUUGCUUAAUAGGUGUGGUGCGAAAGGAUAUUUACAAAUUACUUUAGCCAACUAUGCUUCUUUACCUUAUAAUGUCUCCAGUGUGAUUAGUGAAAAAGAAAGAAAUAAAGAGAAAAAGAGAGAAAGAGAUGACAAAUGAGAUUAAUAGAGAAAAACAAAUAUGAGAAGGUUACAAUUACUGUCAUGAUUUCAAAGAUUGUUCGAUAUUUUUAGUAGGUUAUCUAAUGUAUGUCAUCUUCAAUACGUGAUAAACUUAUUUCCAAGAUAAAGAUAGAUGACAUAUGUAAGUACAUGAGAGUUGGAGUUAAUAAAUCAUUUAAUUGGAGUGAAAAUGCGGCGGUAGUGAUGCGUUUAAAGGGGAAAAAUAACGCUAAGUCGUUUCAUAGCGUCUAUAAGGUGCUUUCUCGUAUAUGCCGUAAGUACAUCUAUGGAACAGUGGACAAAGUUCAACUUGAUGGUUUCAUGGCUGAUGGUGCAGUACCGCCAUUAAAGAAUGGACACAACUCUAAUAAUAUGGGAUUUGCUACACAACCUGUAAGCCCAACUUCAGAUGCCACUAGUACUGUAUACGCAGUUGGACAAUAUGCCCCUAAAGUUUUGAGAAAUUUAAAUGGCCAACGAUUAAAGAAUCAGUUCACUGAUGUCGGCCUUGUUGCCGAUGGUAGCAUCAUUCAUGCACAUAGAUCAGUUCUCGCAGCAGGAAGCGCUUAUUUCAAUGCUAUGUUUACUGGUGGCCUUGUCGAAGAACAACAAGAAUUGGUGGAAAUUCAUUCUAUAUCAGCUUCUAUCCUUUCGCUUUUAAUAGACUUUAUCUAUACCGGAAAUGUUGAUAUUACUGAAGAUAAUGUUCAAGAAUUGUUUGCGGCAGCUGAUAUGCUUGAAUUGGACGAAGUAGUUUCUGGUUGCAUUACUUACUUAGAACAACAACUUCAUUAUUCUAAUGCCCUUGGAAUUUAUAGGUUUGCAGAAGCACACAAUAGGUUGGAUCUAUUAGAGACUGCCUUACGCUUUAUACAAGUCAAUUUUCCUCAAGUUUCUCAAGAAGAGGAGUUUUUAGACCUGCCCAAAGAGCAUCUUGUUCGCUUUCUCAGCAGUGAUUUAAUUCAUAUCGACACUGAAUUUCAGGUCUUCCAAGCUGCAUACAAUUGGAUUAUUCAUGAUAUACCUGCACGACGCUGCUAUGUCUUUGAAAUAUUAGGUCAUAUACGGUUGAGACUUUGUUCAUUAGCACGUUUAGAACGGAUAAUAUUGGAAUGUAAAGAUGCCAGUCUUAUUGUUGCUUUGCGUUCCAUAGAAAAAGAUUUAAUAUGUAACAAAGGAUGUCUUGUACCACUUCAUGCGCAGCCUAGACUUUGCGCUAAAAAAAAUAUUUUGGUCAUUGGUGGAUCUAAAAGGGAACAAGCAGCAGAUAGUUGGGGCAGAGCUGCUGAAAGCACUUAUGAGAGUAUUGAAAAAUAUGACACUUUUACUGGCGAAUGGAGCGAAGUAGCACCAAUAAGCAUAGGACGUAUAUUACCAGGUGUAGCACUUCUAGAUGGUAAAGUAUAUGUAGUUGGAGGAGAACUGGAAUCGUGUAUCAUUGCUAACUGUGAAUGUUACGACCCCCGGGAUAAUGUAUGGACAUCGAUUGCUUGCAUGGAAGAACCCAGAUGUGAAUUCGGACUUUGUGCCUUGGAUAAUAGCUUAUAUGCAUUUGGUGGUUGGGUAGGGGAAGAUAUUGGUGGUUCCAUAGAAAUUUAUGAUCCUAUUACUAAUACCUGGACGCUUGAAGGUGAACUUCCGGAACCACGUUUCAGUAUGGGAGUUGUUGCGUUUGAAGGAUUAAUCUAUGUAGUAGGUGGUUGUACACACAACAGUAGGCAUCGACAAGAUGUGAUGAGUUAUAAUCCAGUAACCAGAGAAUGGAAUAACUUAGCUCCUAUGUUAACACCACGAUCCCAAAUGGGAAUUACUGUUCUCGAUGGUUAUAUUUAUGUGGUUGGUGGUACCAAUAAAAAUCAAGAAGUUCUAAAUUCCGUUGAACGGUAUUCCUUUGAAAAGAAUAAAUGGAGCAUGGUGGCAUCAAUGAACAUUGGUCGUUCAUAUCCUGCAGUUGCUGCAGCUGAUAGUAGAUUAUAUGUUAUUGGGGGGGAUCAAUCACAAGAAAUCAAUUUUUACCGUACACAGAUAACUAUUUCUACUGUAGAAUGUUAUGACCCACAUUUAAAUAAGUGGCAUGAAUGUGCUUCACUACCAACCAGCAGAGGUGAAGCAGCAGCUAUUGUUGCUCCCUUUUGAGUGAAAUUUUCAAACAAAAUUGUACACUUCAUACAUAUUUCGUAUACAUACACGUGUUCCUGUCUAAACUGCAAAUCAUUGCAAGUUGUUAAUGCGAGCAAGAGCAUACACCAUGACUAAUUGGAUGUGUUUUAAAAAAAUAAAAAAAAGAUCAUGUAUUUCAAAUUAA